AUGAUUCCGGUUCGCCUUUGGUUUCAUAUUGGCGCAACCACUGCGGUUAUCCUUUUCGCUAUCUACUUCAACCGGGAUUCAUUUCUUUUCUCGGCAAAGAAUAGAGAGGUUGCCGUUUCAAAGAUUAUUUCAGAGACAAGGCUUCAUUUUGCCGUCUCGGAUAUUCCAGGUCGGCAUCAGCAGGAGAGGGAGCAGCUCUACCAACGGUUGCAUUGGCAAAGCGGCAAGCCACCCACGCACCAUGCUCGCCAUCGACUGCUGUCGGCGCUGCAUGGUUUUUACCGGUAUGAGAAGACAGCCAUGCAAGAAUUAGAUACGAUUCGCCGGAGGUACAGUAAUGUGGGAAAGGAGCAGAAACUGUUGGUCGAGUCCGUUAUUGGCUAUGAGGAGAAGAUUCGGCGCACUGAGCAGCUGAUUAAGAAAAAUGAUAAAAUAGCCCAGGAAAUAUUUGAUUGUGCUCUCUCGUUUUACCAGGUCGAAUUUCUAGAGUUUAAGCAAUUUACCGAUGAGAUUGAAUCCGGCGGGAAAUCUGCUGAACGCGUUAGUGUCUCGCAAGCUCUAAAACAUUUCGUCCGGGAUUGGGCACCAGAAGGCGGACAUGAGCGGAUGAACACCUUUCCCCAGAUUCUUGAGUCUCUUCAGAAACAUUAUCCGAACAGGGAUAGCCGCGAUCCUGUUCAAGUCCUUGUGCCUGGGUUCGAAGUGACUGCCAACGAAUGGUCAUCGUUUAUGAAUCUCGCCUACCGUUAUUUAACCUCCCCCAAAGUCGCGCUGGCAAACUCCACAACAAUCCACCCGUAUGUUGACUGGUGGUCUCACCAGCCGAGUAACGCGGAGCUGCAUCGAUCAAUCACUUUCCCCGAGGUGCUUGUUGAUCCUUCUUCUGUCCUCCUCGUUGAAGGCGACUUUACCACGGUUUUCAAUCAAGACAGCGACAGCGGCCGCUUCGACGUCAUAGUCACUCUAUUCUUCAUUGAUACGGCCCGCAAUCUACUAACAUAUAUCGAGACGAUUCACCGUCUCCUUAAACCAGGAAGAACUGUCCGUCAGAAGGAAGCCCCGUAUGGGUUUAAUGCACGCGCAUUGUCGAAAAACGCGUACUGGGCGCAGUUCUGGAUUGCCGUCCGUCAAUGA